AUGGCGAUGACCUCGCGGCGCGCAGGCACUAGAGUCACUAGAGUUCUGGCCCUGGCUUUUCUUGCGAUCGUUCCGAUCGGUGGCCUGCUGAGCGCUGGCUUUGUCGGACUCAGCCGGCCUUCCAGGCCCUCACGCUUAGCUCCAAGAGCCCUGGACUAUGCGCAGAGCCUGACCGGUGCGACAGGGUCUCGUGAACUCAUGCAAGAGUUCAAGAGGAGCUAUCGGGAGAACCCCUUCCCCGAGAAGCUGGGGCUCUUCUUCCCGGAUCAUGACCGGAUCCUUUCCGUGCUCUACCAAAGCGGCAGACAAAACUACACAAGCAGCGGCUUCUUGCGCACCGUGGAUCGGGUCUUCCGGCAGCUCUACGACUUUGGUCCUUCGGCUUGGCCUGCUUUGACACAGCUUCUGGACAAGAAGCAUCCUUGGACAAGUGCCUACUGCCAAGGAAUCAUUGCGGAAGGAGUCGAAGCCUGGAGCCCCUUUGACUUCUUUCGCGUGAACUUGGACAGCCUGGCGCCUCUGCAGCGCUACGCUUUCCCGGAGCUCGAGUUGCAGUCCAAGACCGGCUUCCGCGUCUUGGAGAAAUGGCUCCAACGGUUGGGCGAGGCAAAGGAUCCCGAACUGCAAACCCUGCUCGAACGACUCAAGGUCCAGGACCUCCGGAACCACCAGGAGCAGGCGAUGCGGCUGCGGCCUCUGGAGGACCUCUUGGAGCACGAGCUGGCGAAGGUGGCCAGAAGCAUUUUCGAGGCCUGCGAGGUCGUUCCGGAGGCGAAAGCAGCGCUUUUGACAGCCAGAGACCGCCGGAAGCGCACCGUGCUCCACCUCGCUGCGACGCAAGGGAACACGCGGUUGGCACGGCUUUUCUUAGAGGCAGUGGGGGAAGCGGAUAGACGGUUCUUUGCCGCCGCACUGGAUACAGGAGGAUAUACCGCUGAGGAUCUGGCUCGGCUUGCUGGCUUUGCGGAGACGGGGGAGACAAUUCAGUCCCUGGGCGGGCCGACCAGCAGCGAAGCGCCCCGGGGAAGUGCCAGCAGCCUCUUUCCGCAUGCUGAAGGCGAGAAGGGCGGCCGUUCCUCCCCGGCCUCCGAUGACGGCGGCUGGAGUUCGAGCCUAACAGGAGUUCCUGAAGAAUGGUUGACUGAGGAGCCCGUCUGUGAGAUCGAUUCCAUUUCCGUGGGGCAGUUUGAUUGGGAGAUUUUCGAGAAGCAUUAUUAUUCCGCUCGGAGGCCUUUGCUGAUCCGUGGUGGUGUAAGGAUGAGUGCAUCCGACAGGGCCAAGUUCACUCGCCAGGGCUUGCUCGGAAUUGCUGGUAGUCGCAGGGUGACAGCGUAUGCGACGCCAUACGAGAACGAUUUCAGGGAGGUGGCUCCUGUGGAGAUGCCUUUGGAAGAGUAUGCGACUUUCUUGGAUCAAAGGGUCCAAGACCCGGGAAGCAACUUGAGCUACGUCUUCGAGCGUCUGCCAGAGGACGAGGGGCCUUUGGGCGUCGCCCGCGAGGUCCCAAAGCUCUUGCGAAGCCGCGUGGACCUGCGCUCGGCGCAGUUCACCCUCGGGGGCGCGCUGAUGGGCUCCCCGCUGCACCACCACGUGGAUGCCGCGAAUUCUUUGCUCUUCGGGAAGAAGCUUUGGUUCCUGAAGCCUCCUGCACAGCAGGAGUUCCGCAAGACCACCGUCUACGAGGAUUUGCUGGCCAGUGGCGGGCCAUCGGGCUUGAAAGUCUUGCAGCAAAGUGGAGACUUGCUCUACGUGCCGCAGGACUGGGCGCAUGGGGCCCUCUGCUUGAACCAGUGCAUCGGCCUGGCUCACGAGUUUGACGUGAGAGCUGAGAGCAUCCCUGUGCCGGUAGAGACGGUGAAUGCUGGACUUGGAGUAGCUCUGGCAGGAGUCCUGGCAUUUUCCAUUUUUAUUAUCACCUGGAUCAUCGAGCGUAUCUGA